AGCUUUACAAUCUUCUUGAGUCGAAAUUUGUACUUGGAAAUGAGAAAGCCUGUAGUGUAUACCAUAUGUUUGCAGCUGUAUUCCAAGGGAAACAAUUUUGCCAGCUGCAAUAUAAACAGCUCUGGCAUUAAAGGAGAUACAGAACGAUUGUACACAGUGGUAUUCCAAGAAAUCUGUAACCGAUUUGGCAAAGAAUAUACAUGGGAUGUUAAAUCCUUAGUCAUGGGGAAAAAGGCAUUGCCAGCUGCUGAAAUAAUCCGUGAUGUUCUAGCCCUUCCUAUGACUGCGGAAGAAUUGUUGAAUGAAAGUCGAAUAAAGCAGGAAGAGAUAUUUCCUACCGCAUCAUUGAUGCCAGGGGUUGAAAAGUUAAUCUACCAUCUGAAUAAGCACAAUAUACCGAUAGCUGUUGCCACUAGUUCUGCCAAAGUGACAUUUGAAAUGAAAACAAGUAAACACAAAGACUUCUUCAAUUUAUUCCAUCAUAUUGUGCUAGGAGAUGACCCAGAUGUGAAAAAUGGCAAACCACAGCCCGAUUCUUUUCUUGUUUGUGCAAAGAGGUUUAACCCCCCUCCAAGGUUAGAUAAGUGCCUUGUGUUCGAAGAUGCGCCUAAUGGGGUAGAAGCAGCUCUGACAGCUGGCAUGCAAGUGGUUAUGAUUCCAGAUGAAAAUCUCAAUCCAGAUCUAACAAAGAAAGCAACAUUAGUGCUUAAAUCCAUGGAGGAAUUUCAGCCGGAAUUGUUUGGCUUGCCACCUUACGACUAGGAUGCAACGUGAUCGUUUUUUAUAUAUUCUUCAAAUAAACAAUGCUUAAUUAACGCAGUGCUUUUUAUGUUAUGGAAAAAUGAUAAUUUUCUUCACUAAUAUUUUUCCUGCUUUUCUUUAGCAUAUUAAAGUGACAAUGAAAAAAGAUCAUUAAGAAUAGCUUUGGAGGAGAAGAAAUAGGAGCAGUAAAAUAAACAUACUGUAUAGCAGUUGUGCUAACUAAAGUACUUUUGAUUUAAAGGAGCAGUAUACACGUAAAAACACUUUGUAGUAUAGGAAUAACAUUACAUUCUGUCUAUUAUUUUAAUUUUUUUAAAUCCAUAUUUUAAUAUUAUUAUAAAACAUUGAGUUAAAAGUCUGGCUAUUUUCACUUGCCUCCUUCCCUUAUAAAUAGGGAAUUAAUUCAUGGCUCCCUAUCUACUAUUGAACAAACAAACCUAUCUUUUCUAGGCAGCACUCUUUCAGCAGUUCAUUAUCAGGGACUUCUCAGUGGACUGGUUAUUAGUUUAUCUGCUUCUUUAAAGGCCUGUUGCACUGGAAGUACUAAAGUAAAACUGUCUUCAUAUUCUUGUUUACUGCCAGAAAUAAAUCAUUAAUAUUUCUUAAAUAAAACGAUAGGCAAAAAGUGUGUCCAACACAAGCUCUAUUCAUUCAGCGAAAAGGGGUGUAUACUAUCCUUUAAUGUCAAAAUGAAAACCCAUUGAGCAUUAUAUGGUACUUGUUACACAAAAUACCACAACAAAUGUCCAACAACUGCAAUUCCAAAAUAAUCCAAAGGGGCAUUAAAUGACAUUACAAAAUGAAUUACUGAAAAGUUAUAUAGACAUUUUAAAUUCUGAAUUUUGAUGCUGCUACAUAAAAAUAAACAUGACUUGUAGAAAGAA